ACAAUAGACAUAGUUGGAUGGUGGGCAUGGAUGGAGAACUGGAUAUAGAUCAUAGAUAAGGGAAAACCGCAAACGUGGAGAGGUGGGUGGUAGGGGCUGAUGGCUGAUGAUAAAAAUUGUUGGCCGAAGGAAGCGGAGAAGAGGGGAUUAGCCAGCCGAUUAGGUGAGCACGUACAUUACAUGCGUCAGUCCAGUAGAUGUACGCCAACGCAGUCAGUCCAACUUUCAAAGUUAGCCAAUUAGUCUCCCUCCUCUCCUCCUUAACACAUCCAAAAACAGAAAUUAGGCCCUUGCUGUGUGCGUGUGGAUUUCCAGGUUUUUCAGUUUUUUGUAUUUCCUCCUUCCUACAAACACUCCCCCCCACCCCACCCCCACGUUUUCUUUCUUCUCUGUUUGCUCUCUCUCUAAGUUUGGAUAUAAUUUUAUACAUAUAUAUAUAUAUAUUGUUUGGAUGGUUAUAUAGCUUAAUAUGAUUAUUAUAUAGCAUUGGAGAUCCCAAUUCCACUUCCGAUCCCAAUUUCACUUCCAAUCCCAAUCCAUAUCUCUUUCAUGUCUCGAACUCAAAUACAAACUCUCACUCGCUCUCGCUUCGAUUGAUUGGAUUCAGUUGUAUUGAAUUUUACAAGUAUUAUUUUUAUUAUUUAUUAUAAUUUGAGUGAAAUGUCUGGAAUGUUGAGAUUGAAGAAGGUUCAGCAAAUAGCUCCACAGCUCCAGCAGCGCUUCUCUCAGACUCAGGUCUCCCCAAUCUCCACGCACUUGAACCACCUCCACCUCACAACCCAUCGCCGACGAGACUCCUUCAUCGGACUGCAGGAGCGCUACAAAUGGGACCACGGCGGCUCCGCCGAUGUUCGUAUCCGCAAAAUCAGAGCCGAGGCCAAUUGCCCCCGAUGUUCUUUCAACCGCAUGGACCUCCUCUUCUCCGAUCGCCGCUUACCCAACUUAUCUCCUUCUCCUCCUCCACCAGAUGAUUCCACAACCAAGGCCAAGGCCGCCUCCACCUCUGCAACAUCUGCCUCUGGAAACUCUGACUCUGAGAUUCGUCAGUAUCAGGCCCUCAAUCUCUGCCCCAAUUGCAAAACAGCCUACUACUUCCGACCCCACCAGAUUGCUCCCCUCCAGGGCACCUUCGUAGAGAUUGGGAGGCUCACCAACACCACCACCUCCUCCUCCUCCUCCUCUUCCAAUCGCAGCGCCACCAAAACCAACAACUCUGACAACAACAAGAAGUCCCAUUCUUCCCGAAAUGGCAGCAAUAACGGAGGAGCAGAUUCCGAGCCCAAUACUAAUAACAACGGGCUGAGGGUGUCUUUCUGGGAUAGUUUGAGGUCAUAUGCCAAUGGGGCGGACCCACCUGAGAACUGGCCUCCGCCUCCGCCCCCAGGCAAUGGACUGGCCGUGCAUACUCCCCCGGGCCCUCCUUUUGCCCCUGGAGUUAAUGUCAUUCGGGCUUCUGUGCCCCCUGGGACUGGGGAUGCUGGAGACAAGAAUGCUUGGGGCGGUUCCAAUUUGGGAAACAAUUUGCCCACCCCUAAGGAGAUCUGCAAGGGCCUUGACAAGUUCGUUAUAGGCCAACAAAGAGCCAAAAAGGUGCUCUCUGUGGCCGUUUAUAACCACUACAAAAGGAUAUAUCACGCCUCCUUGAAGAAAGGGUCAGGAGCAGAAUCAGGAAUUCCAAACAAAGUAGAUGACGAUGAUAAAGUGGAGCUAGAAAAGAGCAAUGUGCUCUUGAUGGGCCCAACUGGCUCCGGGAAGACCUUGCUUGCAAAAACACUAGCUCGCUUUGUGAAUGUUCCAUUUGUCAUUACAGAUGCAACAACUUUAACACAGGCUGGUUAUGUUGGAGAAGAUGUUGAAUCAAUAUUGUAUAAACUACUAAUGGCAGCUGAGUUUAAUGUACAAGCAGCUCAACAAGGGAUAGUUUACAUUGACGAAGUUGACAAGAUAACCAAAAAGGCUGAGAGUUUAAACAUUAGCAGAGAUGUUUCAGGAGAGGGUGUUCAGCAGGCUUUAUUGAAAAUGCUUGAAGGAACUAUAGUGAAUGUUCCUGAGAAGGGUGCAAGGAAGCAUCCUCGGGGUGAUAACAUACAGAUAGAUACGAAAGAUAUCCUUUUUAUUUGUGGCGGAGCAUUUAUUGAUCUGGAAAAAACCAUUUCAGAGAGACGACAGGAUUCUUCUAUUGGUUUCGGUGCUCCUGUCCGUGCAAACAUGAGAGCUGGUGGUGUGAUCAAUUCAGUGGUGACGUCAUCUUUACUUGAAUUGGUUGAAAGUUCUGAUCUCAUUGCUUAUGGACUCAUACCAGAGUUUAUUGGACGUUUUCCAAUAUUAGUUAGUUUAUCGGCUUUAACUGAGGACCAACUUGUUCAGGUCCUGAUGGAACCAAAAAAUGCUCUUGGCAAGCAGUACAAGAAAUUAUUUGGCAUGAAUAAUGUGAAGCUACAUUUCAUGGAGAAUGCACUGAGACUAAUUGCAAACAAAGCGAUGGCUAAGAAUACCGGUGCCAGGGGUUUAAGAGCACUUUUGGAAAGCAUUCUAACUGAAGCCAUGUACGAGAUUCCUGAUGUUAAGACAGGAAAGGAUAGAAUAGAUGCUGUAGUGGUUGAUGAGGAGUCGGUUGGUACGGUAAAUGCGCAUGGAUGUGGAGGGAAGAUUGUUCGAGGGGAUGGUGCAUUGGAAAGAUACUUGCAUGAAAUCAGCUUGAAGGACUCAAUGGAAAAUGUAGAGGCGGCCGAAGGGGAGGCGGAGGGUGAAUCAGAACAGUCAUCCAGGGCUAUGAGCAUGUAACACUUAUACCACCAUACUCAUUGUUACAAAAAUCUGUAAAAUUUUUGUAUUAUUAUUCGUAAAAAUAGCAUUCAUAAUCUGGUGUAAUUGCCCCUUCAUAGAGAUUAGAUCAUAGCUUCGGUUGGAAUCAAACUAAAAAGAAGAAUUUCAUUAGUGGAUUUAGUUUAUACAGGCUAUCACAUUCUUUACAACAUGUAAUUUUGUAGUAUGUUGACAAAAAUAAAAAAUAGUCAUCUUA